AUGAAGGCUCUUGGCAAGUCCCCUCACAAUGGGAGGGAAGCAGCUGGGGUGAAUUUCCCAUCCAGGCUAGUGCAGUUGGCAGCUUUUCUCCCGGACCUGCUGGUGUAUAAUGAUCAUUGCUCUGUUCAACGGACACUGCCCUCCAUAGAGACCUUCAGUGGGGUCUUGCUUUGUGCAGAGAUUACAGGUGUGCUUCUUUAUGGAGGUGACAUCUUGAACUUUACAGGGGAUGUGUUACUGGUGCUCUGGAAAGGAAGCCGAAGCCAGCUGAGUAACAUCAUCACGCUAGUAGCGGAAUACAGUUUGAGUAUGCAGUGGUGGUUUGAAUACAGCUGCAGCAGAGUGGGCUUGGAGCUCCAGCUGAAGAUUGGGCUGUCUGCAGGUCACAUUUCUCAGCUAAUUGUUGGGGAUGAGAAGUGUCAGUAUUUGCUGGUGACUGGCCAGCAGGUGGACGAUGCAUGGCUUGCGCAAAGCCUAGCAGAGACUGGGGAGGUGAUUCUCUCACCAAACUGCUGGGAGCUGUGUAAACAGGAUAUUUUAGAAGCAAAAAAGAUCCCAGGCCAAAGGGCUGUGAAGUUGAGGUAUGUGAAGAACCUGCAUCAAGAUUAUUCUUACUAUGAAAAGUGGAUCAGCAGUCUACGCAAAUUUUCAUGCAGUGGAGGUGAGCUUUCCAUAUCCAGCUUCUGA